AUAUAAGCGAUUCUACUGGUAGGACCACAGAGAAGAAAAAUCCGGCUGAUUACUGUAGUUAUUUAGCUGGGCACCUUUGUCGGGUUAUGGUCACUGUAUCCGAAGCGGCGGCGAUGCUUUUGACACAAGGACUACAUUUCAAUCGGCGGCAAACUCGGCUGCCGCCAAGUGUCGCAGAACCGCAGGGAAACAACACGGCGUCCGACAAGUUCUGCUGAAAGGGCUGCGGAAGUGUGGCUUUAAUGUUAAUUUGAGGGGGCUGUUCGGGUUGGAUAAGGACGGUAUCUCGGCGUGACAUCUCCCUGAGUGACCGCGGCAUGGAGGAGAGCAUGGACGCAGAGAGCUUUGAGAUCGCCGACGACCAUAACCAUAAUAACACUUGGGAGGCUAGUCCGAGCACCUAUGAGCUCCCACAAAACCACCAUCCGGAAAAGACCCAGUUCCUGUCAGACUCAUCGGUCCUCGGUACUCAAACCCCGCCCGAAGAGCCACAGGCCGGCUCCCUGUCCGGGAUCCCGAUCCCAGACCCCGCCGACUCCAGUAGCGAUCCCCCCACGGCCGGGAAGUUGCCUCUGAACAUGAACAACACCACUUCCAGGUUUUUGAUGAAUGUGAUGACGACAGACGACUACAGAAACACAUACUGGCCCAAACUGGAAAAGGCCAUUGACCAGUUGCUGCUCCAGAGCCCGGUUGACUACAUUCCUAUUUCAUAUGAGCAAAUUUACAGCUGUGUGUACAAAUGCGUGUGUCAGCAGCACUCGGAGAUCAUGUACAAUGACUUAAUACGGAAGAUUACAUCCUACUUGGAAAUGGUUUCGGACGAGUUGCAGUGCUGUCCUCCGGAGAAUUUCAUUGAAAAGUUCGAUUCUGCCCUGACACGAUACAUGGCGGCUCUGCAGAGCAUCGUGCCCAUUUUCAUUUACAUGAACAAGUUCUAUAUUGAAACGAAACUGAACAGGGACCUGAAGGAUGACCUGAUCCAGCUGUUUGCCUGGCAUGUGGCGGAGAAGCACAUCCACACCUUGAUACCAUUGCUUUUAAAAGCCCAUUCCACACCUUUUCAAGUCAAGCCCUCGACAAUGGCCAGUAUAGUGAAAGGUCUUUACACUCUGCGUCCUGACUGGGUCAGAUUAGCUCCUCUGCUAUUCUCCAGCUUCAUCCCGCAGAUUAACCCGCCUGCGCAGGAGUGCGAGCUGCCCGACUACGCAGCUCAGGACCGCAGACUGCAGGCGGAGCUCUCCCUGAACGGCUUUGCCAGGGGUGAUCAGUCACGGAAGCGAGCAGGAGAGGACCUCGCCUACAGUGGCUCGUCGUCGCCCUGCCCGAAUUCCCGAGGCUGCAGAUAGCGGAGAGUCAGUCUGUGUGCCGGUAACAAACGGACUGUGUGUGGCUCAGGGGGUCACGACUCCGCCUGUGAUCAGAUGGUCAUCGGAUUGAAGCAGAGAUUAGCCGCAUCUCUAUUGGGCCCUUGAGCAAGGCCCUUAACCCCCAGAAAAAUGCUCCAGGGGCCCUGGAUGGACGGUGGACCCUGUGCUCAGACUCCAGGCUUUGCUCUCACCUCCGUGUGUGUGUGUGUGUGUGUGUGUGUGUGUGUAUGUGUGUGUGUGUCAAAGGAGAGAGCAGGAUGGACACGUGUUCUGGUGUCCUGCAACUGGUGCAAAUGUUGAAUUAAAUUUCAUUAAAUUUCUGUGUCAGCCAACGGCCAAGACAUGGAUGGAGGUAACUGGCGGAGCUGAGGGGGCAGGACUGGGUGAGGCUCCUGUGUGUCUGCGGCAGACGUGCUCUGUCACAGCGGAGCUUCGGGGCUCCCGGCACCUCCCUCCUUAGUGAAGGCCAGAGUGACUGAAACCCCCCCCCCCCCAAUGCUGCAUGGAUAUCAGUGCCUCCGCCGGCUUUGGAUUCGCUCUGCUAUUCUUCACGAUGUACAUGUUUGAUUGUAUAAUCGUUCCUGAGAACUUCCUUCCAGACCACUUACUGACUGAUGAUUUUUACGCGUGGAUCUCGUGGACGUGCUCCGUGUUUUAAUGUUUGCCAUGUCAGUGUCAGAGCGAUCAAAGCUGGCCCUUCCGUCCAAAGAAGGAUUUAUGCUGUUUAAAUUACAUUUUUUGUAAUUAUUAUUUCAUGAGCUCAGAAUAAAAAUUCCUCGUCAUCAGUGACAAGGUCUCAGAUUUCGCUGUACUGACGAUGGUGGUUUUUACAUGCAAUUAAAAUGAGUGCUUUUA